GAAACUAAGAGAAAUAUGGAGAAGGCAAUAGUCAUUGGUUUGAUCAUAAGCUUGUCAUUAAUGAUGAUGAUCAUGCCUAUGGUUGAUGCACUUGAUAAAAGCCCAAAGGCAGUGGAACAAUGGUUCCAAAAGCUUCCCCAUGCAAAGCAAAAGACAACCAAGCUUCAUUUCUACUUUCAUGACAUAGCUGAUGGCGGAGCAAACGAGACAGCUCCCAUAAUUGCUCAGGCAAACAUCACAUCUCUAUCACCUUUUUUGUUUGGCAUACUCAGGAUGAUAGACGACCCUUUGACUGUUGGGCCAGAGUUGAGUUCCAAAAGAAUUGGUUCUGCUCAGGGAAUAUAUGGUUCUGCAGCAAUGGAUGAAUUCGGUUUGCUGAUGAACCUCAACUUUGUGUUCACUCAAGGACCAUACAAGGGUAGCACUUUGAGUUUGCUUGGUAGAAAUGCCAUUGGUCAACAGUAUAGGGAGAUGCCUAUUGUUGGUGGAUCUGGUCUUUUCAGGCUUGCUCGGGGAAUUGCUACUGCUAAGACCUACUUUGCUAACUUUACCCUUGCCAUUGUUGAGUAUCAUCUCAUUGUACUUCAUUAUUAACUCGUGUAAUGGUCCCGAACUAUUGCUCUUUUGUGAGUUUCUUACAUGAACUAUCAACUGUGUGAGCUUUCUUCAUGAAUUAUCACCAACUAUUUAUCAAAAUACAUCUUUGUUCCCUUUUCCUACCUGAAUAAUUGAGGUAAGAAAAGGGAACAACUAAUAGUUGAGGUGUAUUUAGAUAAAUAGUUAGUGAUAAUAUAAUUCAGGUAGAAAAUCAGGCAAAAAACUCACGAAAAUUUGUGUUUUUGAUCAUUAUCUCUUUCUUUUUUAAA